AUGCCUCGGGGCCGGAAGAGCAAGCGCCGUGCCCGCGAGAAACGCCACCAGGCCCGGGCGGAGACUCAGAGUCUCAAGGGUGCCCAGGCCACUGAGGCGGCGGCAGCGGCGGCGGCAGCAGAGAUAGAAGAGUCGCCCUCCUCCCCCGCUUCUGUUUCUCGGGGUACUCCCCCGAGCUCCCGUGCUGCUGGCGCUCGCCGGGAGCCUCGGGGAGCCCCAGCCACUAGCUCUCGUGAUGCAGGGGUUUCCUGCCCAGGAUAUGAAGAGGGUGCCCGGGCGAGCCAAGAUGAGGAAAGUGCAAGUACCUCCCAGGAAGCACCUUCCACUCACAGCACUUGCAUAGAUCCUCUGUCCAUGAAGGCCAGCAUGUUGGUGCAGGUCCUGCUGGAGAAGUACAAGCUGAACGAGCCCAUCCGGCAGGCAGAAAUGCUGAAGGCUGUCAGCAAGAAGUACAAGAAGCACUUCCCUGAGAUCCUCAGGAGAGCCUCUGAGUGCAUGGAGCUGGUCUUUGGCCUCGAGCUGAAGGAAGUCAACCCCACCCGUCACACCUACACCCUCAUCCGCAAGCUGUCAGUCCCCAGCGAGGAAAGUCCGAGUGAUGAGUUGGGGCUGCCCAAGUCCUAUCUCAUGAUGAUGCUCCUGGGCAUGAUCUUCAAGAAGGGCAACCGUGCCACCGAGGAGGAGACCUGGGAGUUCCUCAAUGCGUUGGGUUUGUAUGCUGGGAGGAGGCACUUGAUCUUUGGGGAGCCCAGGAGGCUCAUCAGCGAAGGUUUCGUGCAGCAGAAGUACCUGACGUACCGCCAGGUGCCCAACAGCGAUCCUCCGCGCUAUGAGUUCCUGUGGGGCCCGAGAGCCCUGGCUGAAACCAGCAAGAUGAAAGUGCUGGAGUUUUUGGCCAAGGUCGCUGGUACCGUCCCCAGUGCCUUCCCAGAUCUCUAUGAGGAGGCUCUGCAAGAUGAGGAAGAGAGAGCAGGAGUGAGAGCCGCGGCCAGGGCUGCAGCUGUGGCUGAGGGCAGUGCACUUCCAGGGCCAAGGUGCCCUCAUUGCCUGCCUUCCUGCCCACACUCCCGCCUGCUGGCCCUGACCUGUGUCAUCGUGCCUCGGGGCCGGAAGAGCAAGCGCCGUGCCCGCGAGAAACGCCACCAGGCCCGGGGGGAGACUCAGAGUCUCAAGGGUGCCCAGGCCACUGAGGCGGCGGCAGCGGCGGCGGCAGCAGAGAUAGAAGAGUCGCCCUCCUCCCCCGCUUCUGUUUCUCGGGGUACUCCCCCGAGCUCCCGUGCUGCUGGCGCUCGCCGGGAGCCUCAGGGAGCCCCAGCCACUAGCUGUCAUGAUGCAGGGGUUUCCUGCCCAGGAUCUGAAGAGGGUGCCCAGAGCCAAGAUGAGGAUAGCGAGUCACAGAUGAGCGGGCCUGCCCCAUCCUGGACGGUUCGUCUUUCCCUCCCCUACCUGGACACCGGUGGUUGGAGCAUGCCCAGAGAUCCUCCCUCUCGUGGUCAAGGACCACUGCUAGGUUUCCAGCCAUACCAGGACCAAGCAAGACAAAACCGCCAGCACAGGUUGACGCAGGCGCACCAAGACCGAGAAGGUGACUCAAGCUGCCCUCAUUGCCUGCCUUCCUGCCCACACUCCCGCCUGCUGGCCCUGACCUGUGUCAUCAUGCCUCGGGGGCAAAAGAGUAAGCGCCGUGCCCGUGAGAAACGCCACCAGGCCCGGAGUGAGGCUCAGCGUCUCCAAGAUGCUCAGGCCCCUGCAGCAGAGGAAGAAGAGUCUCUCUCCUCCCCCACCCCUCCUCUUGGUGGUAAUCUCCAGAGCUCCCCUGCUUCUGGGUCAGAUAGAAGAUCCCAGGGGUCUCGGAAAGCCCCAUCCACUACCACUACUUCUGCAGGUGUUUCAUGCACAAGAUCUGAUGAAGGUGCCAAGAGCCAAGAUGAAGAAAAACCAAGUACCUCUCAGGCAUCACUCAGCACUGAUUUUUCCUGCAGAACCGCUGCAGACCAGAAGGCAAUUCUGUUGGUGCAAUUCCUGCUGCGCAAGUAUAACAUGAGAGAGCCCAUUACAAAGGAGGGUAUGCUGAAGCAUGUCAUCGGAAAGUACAAGGAGCACUUCCAUGAGAUCCUCAGGAGAGCCUCUGAGCUGAUGGUGCUGGCUUUUGGCAUUGAUGUGAAGGAAGUCGAUCCCACCAGGCACUGCUAUGCCCUUGUCAGCAAAUUUCAGCGCACCAGUGAUGACAGGAUGACGGGUGAGGAGAUCAUGCCCAAGACCGGCCUCCUUAUGACAGUCCUCUGUGUGAUCUUCAUGAAGGGCAACUGCGCCACUGAGGAGGAUAUCUGGGAAGUACUCAAUGUGAUGGGGAUAUAUGCUGGAAAGAAGCACUUCAUCCAUGGGGAGUCCAAGAAGCUCAUCACCAAAGAUUUGGUGCAGGAAAGGUACCUGGAGUACCGCCAGGUGCCCAACAGUGAUCCUCCGUGCUGUGAGUUCCUGGGGGGCCCGAGAGCCCUGGCUGAAACCAGCAAGAUGAAAGUCCUUGAAUUCUUGGCCAAGAUUCAUGAUACGGUCCCCAGUGCCUUCCCACUCUUGUAUGAAGAGGCUUUGAGAGAUGAGGAAGAGAGAGCCCGAGCCAGAUUUGCAGCUAUGCUUCUCACUGGUGCUGUGGCCAGUGUGCAUUCCGGGGCCGACUUCUGGGGCAGCUUCUCCCACCUGUAG